AUGCCUCCGCAGAAGGCGGCUCCGCCGCUUCCUCCAGCGGAGGGCAAGGAGACGGGUGGCAACGGUGGUGGAUACUACAGGGAUCGAGAUCCCCCUCCUGGCUACGACGGCCGAGAGCCCAACAGAACCUUCGCCCGGUGGCUUAAGGAGGUGCGACUAUGGGAGUACGAGACGGAGAUCCCUAAGGAAAAAUGGGGCGUGAAGUUGCUCAGGCAGCUCAGUGGUUCGGCAAGGGCAGCUGCGGACAAUCUUGGCUUCGAGGACAUAGCUUGUGAAAAAGGCAUGGAGAACUUGAUCAGGACCCUCACGGACCACUUCUCCCCUCACUUGGAAUCGUCGCUGUCACAGGCCUUCGAGAACGCCAUCUACGCGGAGCCACGAGCCCAGCGAGAAUCUUUCGGCGACUACGUCAUCCGGAUGGAGUACGCAUUCAAGGAGCUGGAGCGCCAGAAGGUACCGCUCCACGACAUAGCGGUCGGCUAUGUGAUGUUCCGACAUGCCAGCCUGAACGACACUCAAGAGAGUCAGAUGCUGACCUGGGGCCAAGGCAAGUACGAUCGGAAAACCGUGGUGGAAAACCUUAGACGACUCGACAAGGGCAACCUCGAUGCAAGGAGAAAAGGCCCAAGCCACUACGUCAUGGAGGAUGACGCGGGCCACGACGAUGUGGAGGAGACGAACGAGACCUACGUCGGCGAGAUCCCGCCUGAGGACGAAGAGUCCGAACUCGAUGAUGAGUACGUCUACAUUGGGGAACAGGACAUGCAAGAAGUGUUUGAGGAAGAUCAGAUGCUAGAGGCUCUGGCUACCUACCAGGAUGUCCGUCGUUCACUCAGAGAACAAAGAAACAAUCGAGGGUACUACCCUCAGGGGAAGUCUUCGUCUGCGGGCGGCAAGGGCAAAGGCAAAGGCAGUGGCUCUGGCAAGUCGAGACCUACUUUGGCGAUGAAGGGCAGGGACAGAGUCAAGUUCACCAAGAAUGGGACUAAGGUCCACGUGGACAUGCUGAAGCUGAGAACGAGAUGUGCCCGAUGCGGCAGUGUGGGGCAUUGGGCAAAAGAAUGCCGCAACCCUCCAGACGAGAGAGGGAGAGCAGCUGCAGCGGCGCGGGCGACGGCGACUUCGGCAUCCACACAGUCCUUUCCCUCCUCGCCAUCCGUUCGAUCAGGGUUCUUUGUACAGACGAGUGAGGAUGGUGGCUCUGUGGACAAGAGCUUCUGCGGAGCCGUGCACACCUUCUUCGGUGAAAAGUCCGAGCCGAAUGCCCAGUACAUGCCCAGCUUCGGGAGUGUGUUGCGAGCGGUGCUGAGAAAGAGGAAUAGCGAGUCAUCUCUACAGCAAGUAGUUUCCGGUGAUCCCGCUGCUGAACCCUUUAUCGGCAUCUCCACCCAACCGAGUGAAGGCGUUGUCGACACGGCGGCGCAAGACGGCCUUAUCGGCAAGGCCUCGCUGCUUCGUUUGGCACAGGCUCUACGUGAGAAAGGGCUUCAGUUUCGAUGGAACACACAGAAGAAAGCUCAGGCUAGUGGAGUCGGAGGUCGUGCCGAAGUACUUGGGGUUGCGGAGGUCCCAAUAGGGAUAGCGGGGAUCAACGGUCUCAUGGAGUUGACUGUGGUGACCGACAAUGUACCACUCCUUCUUCCCAUCAAGAUGUUGCGUCAGCUAAGGGCAGUCGUGGAUUUGGACGCCAACAAUCUGGAGCUGAAGGCCUUUGGGGUGAAAACACCUAUGACUAAACUUCCGUCAGGACAUGUGUCUGUGGACAUACUGUCAUUUUCCCCAGAGGGUUGGUCACUCCCAUGUGAUGCAGAGCGUGCACGCUUGAGCGAAGAGCAGUUUGUUUUGAUGUCCAACAGCUAUGUGAACCACAGCAUGACUUCGCUCGAGCAGUCAAGCCCAAGGCGAGUUAAAUUCGAGGCCGUGAACCAUGGCGCAGAUGCUCCUGCAGAGGAUGAUGGAUCAACGAGAGCGGGACCACCCGGAGCGGAGCUGCGGAGCAGGCGAGCCAUGAAGCGUUGGCGAGUGAUCGUCGACAAGAUGGCAGACCUCAUGGAGUUGAUCGACGCCCGCGGAAGAGUUUGGGACUGGCUUCCCGAUGGCUCCUUGCGACGGUUGGGACUUCAGUCCUCGCCAACCAAGGUCCCAUCUCCUUCUACCCCGACAAGCUCAACAUCCGCGAGUACGGCGACCAUGGACAAGCAGCUGGAGUAUGCCGAGAUCAUAAAGUACGCGGCCUUUUUGGGGACUCGGAAGUCCAAGGAAUCAGCUCGGAUGAGUGUGUCGGAAUGCAACCACCCGGCUUCGGAGCUGAAGGGCGGCGGGAACCAGUACGGGAAGGACAUUUACUGUGCCCGCUGUCUGGGGCGUUGGACCUACCUCAAACCAGAGGAGCUCAAGAUCAAGAAGGACGAGGACGACUCAGCGGUCUACGGUGCCCACGACUACGCCGAAGAGAACCUCGGGACCAAUGACGACAAGCCCAACAGGAUCAGCACAGUCUACAAAGGCAGUGACGUCAAGAAAGCUGGCCCCACGAAGGGCAGGCACUUCUUCCGCUGUGCCCAACGCCUGUGCGAGUUCUUUGUUUGGGACGAGAUGGAGAAGACCGAGCUGAAGAGGCACCUGGACGAGAACGCCCAGGUUCAAAUGGAGGUGGACGAGACGGAGGCCCACGACGAGCUGUAUGUGCAGGGAGCGGACGGCGGCUUCCAGAUUGAGGAUGGGCCCGGGAGCUUGUGUCUGAUACAGACGAGGGCCCAGUUGACGACCGCAAGGCGGUCCCAGAUGCGGACAUUUGGUUCGCGAGCCUAUGCACCUUGGGAGAUGCCAAUGCCACGUGCGUACUAUGUUCAAGAUGAGUCAGUUGGUCAGUGGCGUCGGCACACGGGUUGGCUACCGAAGGAACUUGGCAAGGACACCUACGCGGUCAAGUUCGAAGAUGAAGCUGCCAUGGUGAUGUGGAGUGAAGAUGUCGGCAAGCACAAGGCCCUAUCUACGUCACAGAGAAAGCUCGUGAUGGAGCGAGCCCAACGGUUCUUACGAGACAUGGGGCCGAAGGUCAACCACUUGGUGCAGGAGGCUGUGUCACCUUCUUUUUCGAGUACGAGUUUUGUGAGUUGUGAUGGGACGAUGGCCACUUUGGAUCCGUCCUGUCCGAAUCAGUUUUGGGAGGCUUUGGGAGCUACGUGUCCGAGUUGUUUGAUCCUCCGACCAGGUCGUGAUGGAGGUUCCAUGCAAAUGGCGUUCGAGGCUGCCGAGUGGCAGCACCUAAAUGGCCGAGCUUUCGUUGUUCUUCAUGAUGGACGAGACAAGGACUACGUCGAGAACAACAUCAGUUCGGAGGACCUGCUUGGACAAAGAGUGCAGUGCGAGCUACCUGGUGGCGAAGUGAUGAUUGGUAAUGAUGAGGUUCUGGUAAGGUGCGCUACAGAGGCGAGAAUCGCUGGAAGAUGCCUUACUCAGGAGAACAUUGAUGUCCUCGAGCAGAAUCAGAAGGCACACCAGGAGAACAUUGAUGUCCUCGAGCAGAAUCAGAAGGCACACCAGGAGAACAUUGAUGUCCUCGGGCAGAAUCAGAAGGCACACCAGGAGAACGUUGAUGUCCUUUAUCAGAAUCAGGAGGCACACCAGGAGAACGUUGAUGUCCUUUAUCAGAAUCAGGAGGCACACCAGACGGUCCUUUUAAAUAAAGAUGUGUGUCAGGAGCACGGUGGGGUUCAUGAAUGUGAUGUGUGUCAGGAGCACGGUGGGGACCCAAGCGCGGACGUUGAGUGCUUUGCCACAGAGUCAGAGAUCCUAGCAGUUGAGGAAGCAUCAGCCCUAUUGCUCCGACAAAAGGACUACUCGAUGGUGUCGUUAGAAAAGCUCUUGGUCAAGUUUCCCAAGUUGGUUUCCAAAGGUCGACAAAGCGAUGAGAGAGGGAACUACCAUUUGUUUGGCUUGUAUGCACACGGGGCCAAGUACGGAAUCACAAGGAGUUCAAGGAAGCUGAAGGUUUUCCUCCAGUACCUCAAUGAGACCAUUGCGUACCAAGCCCAGUGUCAAGGAUAUCCCCGAGCGACGUGGUCUUCUAUCGCAAUCGGACUGAAUGCAGGGAGCAGGCCACACAAAGACCACCACAAUCGAGUUCACUCCAAGAACUACAUCUUUGGUGUGGGAAGCUACCGAGGAGGAGAACUAUGGGUCGAGUGUGACGAGAGAAACCUUGGAGCUUCGUCAAGAUGCAUGUGGAAGUGGACUCCUCAGGGAACGAGAGCUGUGGGCGAGGUGUACGACGUCAAGUACAAGAUGAAAGAGUUUGACCCGCGAAGAUGGCGCGCCUCAUGCAGAUGGACGGGCCAACGCAUUGUGAUCAGUGCGUUCACUUCACGAGCUGUGGAUGAGGUUUCAACUUCUAUGCUUCGUGAGCUGAACGGUCUCGGGUUCAGAAUGCCUCAGGACAACGUUGUGUACAUGUUUGACGGGACCCAUCGUGAUGGGAUUGGUCAAUUUUCUUCGGUGUUCGCAGAAGAGGAUGAAGUUCAAGCACCCGAAGAAGGCGAAGAAGGCGACCCCGAGCCCACGGUCGAGCAGGCGAAGUUGGAGCCGAGUACGGAGGAAAAGCGGUUGGUCAAGAAACUACAUGACAACCUUGGUCAUCCCGCUGGCCGUGAAAUGGCGAGGUCCUUGCGAUUGGCCAAUGCCAAGCCCCACAUUAUCCGCUAUGUGGCCAAAGACUUUAGAUGCUCGAUUUGCGAAUCUCGCAUUAAGCCAAAGCCAGCGCGGCCGGCCACCCUUCCGAAGAUCUACGAACCGGGUCGUGUGGUGGGAGUUGAUGUGAUCUUUCUGAGUGCACUCAACCGCAGGGAAACGUUCCCGGCCCUCAAUGUGACGGACUGGGGAACCUCGUACCAAGUGGUGGAGCGGCUUAAGUCUACUGAGGCCACCCACACCUGGCGGACUUUUAUGAGAGUGUGGUGCCGGACAUUCGGCGUCCCCGAUGUGAUCGUCGCCGAUCUGGGAACGGAGUUUCGCGGACAGUUCUCAGAACUAGCGGCCCAGGCAGGGGCUUUGAUCCGGCAUACGGCGGCUAGGUCACCGUGGCAAGCUGGGAAAACCGAACGUGCGGGUGCUCACUACAAGUUUGUCUAUGAGAAGGCGCGGGAGAACACCUACAUUGGCUCUUGGGAGGAGAUCAAAACCCUCAUGUACGCCGUUGAGUCUUCAAAGAACAGGUACGGCAACAGGAGUGGUUUCUCCCCGAUGCAGAGACAGAUUGGGCACAACCUUCGCCUACCGGGAUCUUUACUUUCGGACGACAGCUUGGACCCCGCGUUGGUUGUGGCCGGCGCCGAUAGCGAGAUGAGAAAAAGUUUGGAAAUCAGGGCGGCGGCGCAGGAGGCCUACAUCAAGUCCCAGACUGCCGUGGCCUUGUCUAAAGCCAAGAAUGCCAGGAACCGAGUGCAAGUUCAAUUUUCAGCUGGUGAGACAGUCUACGUGUACAGACAGCCCAAUGUCAGAAAGAGGAAGCAUGCCAUCACCCCGGAAGCCCACGAGAGUCGCAAGCCAGUUUGGGUCGGCCCGGGAUUGAUCCUCGCAGUGGAAACACCCAGUUUGUGGAUAUCGAUGAAAGGCGAAUUAUGGAAAGCCAGCUUUGAGCAGUGCAGGCAUGCAACUUCAGAAGAGCAAAUCGCGAAAGCACUCCUGGCUGGCGAGCUAGAAGCUCUUAAGGAGGAGCUCGGCCGGACUGCUCACAAACGGACGUUUCGGGACAUGACCGACCAAGGAGUCCCUGGAGAAGACGAUCCUCUACAUCAGGAAGCCGAGCAGUUCGAGAGCUUAGGAGGAGGCGAUCAACCUGAACCGUCGGCACAGCGACAACGACGAGAUGAUGGGCGAGAUGUCGAAGUUCCCGACGACAGCGACUUGGACUACGAGCCGAGCGAAGAGGAUGAAGGCGACCAAGUGCCCGAACCUCAGGCUCAACCGCCAGAUGGUCAUGAACGCUCAGGAGAGCCUUCAGCGUUGAGUCGCAGAACCACCGAGUCCGAGCCUGAGCCGGUGCCGAUGCCCAACAAUGUGGGAGGUCCCGGUGCAAGGCCCGUUUUGGGCAAUCCAGUGGAAACCGCACAUCAAGUGAUGAGGAACGAGCGCAUGGACGGAAAUCCACCCGGCAGUCCUCCAUAUGAGGCAGCGAGGCGGAUCAUGCAGCACCGUCCCGAAGGAAGGCAUCAUCCCUACUUUGCCGAGAAGACCGACGGUGAGUCCAUGCAUGCAUGGUAUUCGCUGGAAGAUGGCAAGUGGACUUGGGAACCUGAUGUUUGGGAAGAGGUGAGCCGCGACAUUGUGAUCAGACAGCACAACUUCCCGAGAAAGCAACUGUGCAACCCGGCCAAGGUCCAAGGAGCUCUCAUGCCGAGACGGCUGAAGCAUCGCGCCACCUACAUGGUUGACGACUCGGGAGAAGUUCAUGUACAGAAUGACAACUGGUUCAAAAACCGCAAGAAGCCGAACAGAACCAAACACUCCUGGGUUGGUUUUACCGUGUUCAGCAACAAAGAGAUCGACGUCAAGGCUUUUGCGAGUGGCAAGAACCGUGGACAGGGUGAAGUGUUUGAGCAUGAGAUCAAGCCGGAGGAUUGGCCUGGAUGGAGGGUCAGUGACAAACAAGAGUGGGACAAAGUUGAGGCUACGAAUGCAGUCAAGGUUUUGUCUGUUGAGGAGUCUCGACGCAUCAGGAACGACCCCGUGGAGAGCGCUCGGAUCCUUCCAUCCCGGAUGGUUCGAAGGUGGAAACCUGGCGAGCAGCCAGGCGAAGCGGACACCAGGAAAUCUCGCUGGUGUAUUCGCGGGGAUCGUGAUCCGGAUGUCCUAACCCUCGAGCGCUAUGCUCCGACUUUGAAUUCUACCUCCUUUGGAGUGCUGCUACAAACCGCAGCAUCGAUGAAGUACCGAGCUACCGUUGGAGACCUGAAAAAUGCUUUCAUGCAGUCUUCACCUUUGGUGCGUGAGAAGGGGAACUUGUACGCAAGUCAGCCGAAGAGCGGCAUCGAUGGACUCGACCCGGAGCAGUUGAUACAGAUCAUAUCAGGCUGCUACGGAUUGAAUGACGCUCCUAGCCAUUGGCGACAAACGCUCAAGGAGGCGAUCCUCGCGUUGGGCUACAAGGAGUCGGUCCUCGACCCCACCAUCUACUACUUGAGGACGCAGUCGGUGCUGGAUGGAGCAAUAGCAGUAGAAGUGGAUGACUUGUUUACCUUCGGAAACAAAGUACAUGAAGAUCGUAUGGCGCAGCUUCAAGAGCGUUUCCGGUUUGGGAAAUAUGAAGUGGUCAUGGAAUCCUCAACUGGAGUCGGAUUCAACGGGCGACGUAUCAAACAACUGCCCAAUUUCGACUUCGAAGUUGAUAUGACGAAGUUCGUCUGUGAAAGACUCGAGCCAGUAGCGCUCGGAAAAGGUCGGAAGUCCGAUGUCAAAGCCUUGGCUUCAGACUCGGAAAUAGCACAGAUGCGAGCGGUUAUCGGAGGAUUGAACUGGGCUGCUAAGGAAGGAAGACCAGAUUGCGCUGCAGCUGCAUCCUUGGGUGCGGCAUCCUUUCCGAAGCCCACGAUUCAGGAUGUUCUCGACGUGAACCGGGCGGUGAAGGUGCUCAAGGACAGGCCAGAGCUGUCCAUCAAGAUCAGAGCGGUGGAAGUCAGUAAGCUGGCUUGGGGCGUGGUUUCUGACGCCAGCUUUGCGAACGCCUACGGCGGCCACAGCCAAGGUGCCUACGGCAUUCUCGCGUUCCACGAGGACCUACAGAAGGGAUGUCGAGUGCCAUGUUCACUCAUUUCGUGGAGAAGUGGAAGGAUUCAGAAGGUGGUGAACUCAACUUUGGCAGCCGAGACGCAGAGUUUGUCAAAGGGCUUAGGCGAACUUUGUUGGGUAGUGACGCUGUACAACGAGCUCAUGGACGAGAACUUCGACCUCGCUUUGUGGGAGGAGCAGAUGAAGAAGAAUAAGGUUGUGGCGAUCGCGGCCGAGGACUCCGAUGAGACCCUGAAGACGAGCUUAUGCAUAGUAGAUGCUAAGGCCCUCUAUGACCACCUGAGCAAGGAAUCCACAGGUCCUUCAGCCGAUAAACGGACCGGAUUGGAAAUGCAAGUGGUGCGACAGAACAUGAACGGCAUCAAUGCCAAGGUCAGGUGGGUACCGCAUCCGAGAAUGGUCGUGGACGGUUUGACCAAGAAGAACGCCAACCUCGAGGCCUUGUACGACCUUCUGGACACCGGUGAGUACCAGAUUGUUUCGGAAGCCCAUGCCUUACAGGAGAAGCGCGAAGAAAGAGAUGAGCGAGGAUACAACAGACGAUGA